GAAGGCUCCGCUUGUCAGUCAGACUUUGAACUGUGCACUGGCGCUCAUCGCUGCUAAUCUCUGACCGCUGCUUGUCAUCAACAACGCUGCCGCUGACACUUAUUCCCGACGAGCUCAGUUCUGUAGAUUAGGAUGAACAGUCGCUAACAGAGGCAGGAAACCCGAGGGCAAUACCGUAGGGACCGAGCGGAGAUUAAACGUUAGCUACACCGUUUAACGUUCACGUUACUCGGGAGUUGCGAUGGUCCAAGCAAGGGAUAUUUUUUUAGCCUUGCUUCUCGUGAGCUGUACAGUUUCAUUGGAAGUACAGAUCACACCAACCCACGGUGAGAUUAGUCUUGGAGAGUCCAAAUUCUUUGUGUGUGAAGUUGUAGGCGUUGCCAAGCACAUAGACUGGUUUGGACCAAGCGGGGACAGGAUAGAGCCGAACAGACAAGACACAACAGUAACCCGUAACGAUGAGUCAUCUUCCACCCUCACGCUGUAUAAAGCCGGGACGGAAAGUGCUGGGACAUACAAGUGUGUCGCUACCAAUGGAGACCAGCAAGCAGAGUCAACAGUCAAAGUGAAGAUAUUCCAAAAAAUCACCUUUCAAAACGCGCCCUCACCCCAAGAGUUUACUGAAGGAGACAAUGCCAACAUUGUUUGUGAUGUUGUUAGUUCACCUCCACCCACUGUCCUCUGGAAAUAUAAAGGAGCAAAAAUACAAAUGGAAAAAGAUGUUCGGUUUAAAGUACUGAACAACAAUCACCUUCAAAUCCGUGGCAUAAAGAAGACUGAUGAGGGCUUGUAUACCUGCGAGGGUCGCCUGAUGGCGCGCGGCGAGAUUGAUCUGCGUGUCAUCAAGGUCGUUGUGAAUGUGCUCCCGACAAUCAGGAUAUGGCAGUCAGAGGUAAAUGCUACAGCAGACGUUUUGCAGCCUGCCAUCCUAAAUUGUGCUGUUGAUGGUUAUCCUGAACCCAUGGUGACCUGGACAAGGAACGAAGUGAACCUUGAGGCAGGAGAGAAGUACAGCUUUAAUGAAGAUGGCUCAGAAAUGACGAUAAUGGAUGUUACCAAACUGGAUGAAGGAGAGUACACCUGCAUUGCCAAGAACAAGGCUGGAGAAACUGAAAAGGAACUCAGUCUGAAAGUGUUUGUCAAACCUAACAUCACAUACAUCAUAAACCAGACUGCUACCGAGAUGGAAGAACAGGUAACCCUGACUUGCGAGGCAUCAGGGGACCCAACUCCCACCAUUACCUGGAGCUACGGAGGUCAUGUCUUCACAGAAGGAGAGCAGGCAUCAUGGACUCGGCCUGAGCAACACAAGAGCCCGGAUGGAAAUGUAGUGGUGAGGAGUCACGCUCGUGUGUCCUCCCUCACUCUGAAGUAUGUCAAGUAUACAGAUGCUGGUCAGUACCUGUGCACAGCACACAGCGCCAUCGGAGAGGAUUAUCAAACAGCAUAUAUGGAGGUCCGCUAUACUCCUAAGAUAAAUGGUACAGUGGCAGUGUAUACCUGGGAGGGGAAUCCUGCCAAUAUCAGCUGUGAGGUCAAGGCUCAUCCCAGUGAUGUCUCUAUUGUGUGGCUGAGAGACGGGUUGCAGCUCCCCAACUCAAAUACCACCAACAUUAAGAUCUUCAGAACUCCCUCAGCCAGCUACCUGCAGGUACGAACACCCUCUGAAAAUGACUUUGGAAGCUAUAACUGCACUGCUUCAAAUGAGAUGGGCACAGAGUCCAAGGAGUUCCUGCUCAUUCAGGCUGAGGUUCCGUCAGCUCCAUCCAUCGUGGAGGUGAGGCCAUUCUCCACCACAGCACUGAUCCAGUUUCAGGAGCCUGAAUCCACUGGAGGCGUUCCUGUCCUCAAAUAUAGAGCUCAGUGGAGGAUGCGUGGCAGAGGCAGCUGGGUGCAGAAAGUCUACGAAGUCCAAGAUGGCUCCAUCGGUGAGGUAACGAUCACAGGCCUGAAGCCAGACACGAGCUACGAAGUGAAGUUGUCAGCCGUCAACGGCAAGGGUGAAGGUGAAAGCUGCAACGCUGCGUUCUUGAAGACGGAGCCUGUUCGGAAUCCUAAUCCUCCUAAACUUGAAGGAGCACUUCAACGUAAAGGCAACUCCCUCAGAGUCAGCUGGAUCAAGCAGGAUGAUGGUGGCUCUCCCAUCUUACAUUAUCUUAUCCGUUAUAAACCAGUGCAGUCACCAGAGUGGAAACCAGAAAUCCGGCUGCCCAGUGUCAGUGAUCACAUCGUUCUCAGUGGGUUAGACUGGGACACAGAGUACAACAUCUAUGUGGUGGCAGAGAAUCAGAAGGGCAAGUCUCAGCCAGCAACCAUUUCCUUCAGGACUUCUUCAGAGCCAGAGGCCAUCCCAGCCACUCAGGGCUGCUCAUCUGUGACAUACACUUUGGUAUCACUCAUCAUGUCCCUCAUCACUGUUCUCCUGCUCUCAUAGUUUUCGUGGGGAAAUUCACACCAUUACUGUAGAGGAGAGCUUGCCUUCUCUCUGGCCUGGCUGUCUUUCUGGACACUUUCACUCACUUACAACAGACUUUGUCCAUGACAGAUGUGUCUCUGUUAUGGGUGAGGAAAAGAGUGCUGUGUUGUUUCAGAACAGACCAGACAGACGUGUUGAACCAAAGGCAGUGGAAAUCCUCCACCUCCCACAGUUUCAUACUGCUCAGCAUUAGCACUGCUAGUCAUCAGCACUAGACAAGAGAGACAGAGAAGAGUGCCAGUUUACAGUGAUGAACAAUAGUAGAUUUUUUCCAAGUAGCAUUAGAACAGAGUGAAGGCUGACUGCUGGACCUGUGUGUUUACCUAAGCACUGUAUUAUAUUGUUUAAUAGCUCACAAAAUUCUGCAUAAUGUAAAGGUUUGUAAUAUUAACGUUUACACAAUUAAGGACAUAAAAUGGGGAAACAAUUGUUUAUAUUGGCACAGACUGACAAGCCACCUAAAGAAUGAUCAAACAACAACUUAUUUUUAUGCAGACUACUAAGAUAAAUGUCCAGAUAUUCCUCCAGCAUGUAAUGUUUCGCAAGUGUCAUCAGCAAUAGUCAUUUUUAUACGUACGUAAUUGGGAUGAUUUACUCAGAUGUAUAGAUCUUGUUUACAUGUUAAUUACCUGUAGAGUUAAAUGUAUAUUUUAGAGAAAUUUCUGCUAAAUCAAAGUGGAUAUUACCCAAACAAUGAAAAUACAUCACUGCUUUUAAAUCUGGGAAAAGCCUGACAUUCAUUUUCUGUGCACAGAUUAUUCCACAUGUCUGGGUAACUAGCAGCACACUAUAUGCUUUGGUUUGCUCUUCUUUCUACUACCAAAUAAAUGGGUUGAAUAUAUAUUUAUACUUUUCGUUUUUUUCGAGCACAGCUUCAUGCAUAUAAAAUCUUCAGUAAGCCUCAUAUUUAACAAUGAAGUCAUAUAAAUAAUUAAAGUCUGACAGCACAGUCGAUACAAACAACACACAGCAUCUAAAGUCGUGCUGAGCCAUCUAGAACCUAUCAGUGCUCGUAGCAGGUGAGUUGUUUCUGUUUUAUGGAAGUAUUUGUGGUUACAGUAGCACGUCAGCACUAUAUUUAGUUGUUCGUAGUUUCUGUAAAAGUGUAUCCUGCUACGUUAGUUCAGC